ACGACGAAGUACGAACUUAUUGACACUUGACAGUUGAGUUUUCAAGAGUUGAGAGACUAGUAGCUGAACUGAACUACUUCAGUAUUCAUCGUUUCCAAUAUUGACAAUUAGAAAAACGUUCAAUUCAUAGUUCUAUCAGUUAAUUCAUCUAAGGAUAUAUAAUAUACAAUUAGAAGAAAAUGUCAGAGCAGAAUACUGAGCCUACCAAAACUAAUGAAGAGGAGAACAAUUACUCUACACCAGCUAAUGACCUUAAAAAUAUGCAAGAAGUAACACAAUAUGUCCAAUCUCUAUUGCAAAAUAUGCAAGACAAAUUCCAAAGUAUGUCAGAUCAGAUAAUUAACAGAAUAGACGAGAUGGGAUCAAGAGUUGAUGAACUCGAGAAAAAUGUUACAGAUCUUAUGACACAGGCUGGUGUAGAAAAUGAAAAGUAGAGUUAGGCUUAAAUGUAGUUGGGACUAUCACUUUAGAUCAUAAUCACCUAUAGAUAAUAUUGUGACAAAUAAGAAACAUGAUAACGAAUUGUCAUUUUGUAGUUAAUUGGUAAAUAAAUAUAUUGAAUUUCAUUUCACUUUUAUACUGUUUUGUGUUUUAACUAGCCAGGCUUUUUUAACACAUUGAACCCAUUUAAAUGUAAAGAAGAGAAUAUGGAAUAAGUUUUAUAAGCAUUGUAUUAAAUUUAAAAUCAUAAUGGUGUAAAGAUAUAGAUUACUAAUACAUAUAUCAUGAAAUUGAAUAACACUGUAUGCCUUCAAUUGUAACCAAAUCCAGGUGAACGAAGUUAAUCUAAAUAUUUUCAUGUAUUUGUAUAAUAUCUGUGGUUUAAGUAGCAAUAUUUGGAUUGUAAAGUAUAAUGUGGACUUGGUUUAUUGCAACACUAUUGUUUUGAAUUGUAUAAAUAUCAAUACAAGUAUAAAUACAUCUUAAAAGUUUUAAAACUAUAGUAGUAUAAGAUCCAUAUUUAUUUUGUUUUUCAACAAAAUUAAAACAAUUGCUACAUAAAUUCUGAUUAUAUUCUUAUCCUUUAAGUUUGAACUAAAUAAUGGUUAAAGCUUGUGGCAUGCACUGACUGGUACUAAAAGUUACUACUAUUUAAAAUCAAUAUGUUGUUCAAGCCUGUGACAGUCACUGUUAUAUUGAUCUGAAUGAUAAGUAUUCUAAGCAUGCUAAAUUAUUAGGAAGUACAAAAAGCAAUUGAUGUUUAUAAUAUUGUUGGUUACAAAACCUGAUAAUGAUUUAAUUAAAUCACUUUUGCACUGUUGUGGUAAUUA